AUUUUAUUUUUCAUUAUAUCCAUACAUUAUUUUAAAAUAAUCUUCAUAUUAAUCAAAUUAUUCAUUUUUUUAAUUAAACUUUAUUUUUUCUCGAAAUUUUAUUAUUUAAUUUAUCUUAUUUUCUCAUAUAUAUUUCCUUUAUCAUAUAUUUAAUAUGGAAUUUAUGUAAUAAAUUACUAAUCAGUAGGCUCUUCGACAUUUUUAUAUUACUUUUUUUUCUCUACUAGUUUUUUUAUUUGAAUCAAAAUUAACCUUUGUGAAUAUUUUUGCAUUAUUUAUUUAUUUUUUUAUAAAAUCUAACCUUUUUUAUCCUCCAGUAUAUUUUUCUAAACCUAGAUAAAGGCAAAAGCUUCCGUUAUUUUUUCAGAAAUAGAUAUAUUUUAACCCAAAAGCUUAUCUUUGAAAAUUUAUAAACAGUUAAUAUAGGCUAAAUCCUUCUUAAUUAAAGGAGAUUCAUUCAAUUCACUAUCUUAUUGGCUUAAUUUUGUAUAUAAAUUAAAGAUUUAUCUUUCAUCUUUUUAUAAUCUUAAUAAAUCAACCUAAAUUUUGUCUCUAAGUAAUUCUUCGUUUGUUUUUUUGGAUGUUUUUAUAUGAUUUUACAUAUCUUUUAUAUAGCUGUUUAAAUUUUCGUACUCAUAUUUAAUUUGGUGGAAAUCAGAUUGAAUUUCGAUUAGAGAUUUUGAUUA